AUGGCUUCCAGCAUCAAGAAUGACCCGGCUCUUGCCAGUGAGCCUGCACAAACCUCGCAGCCUAGGGAGCUCAACAAUAACAGCAACUUUUCACCCACGUCCAUUGCUGGCAAUGACGACGAAAACUCCACAGCCUGGAGGGCACUAAAGCACAGCCCGUAUAUUCUGGCUUGUUGCUUCUACGCCAACCUCGGAGCCUUUAUGUAUGGCUUCGAUAAUAUCACAUUGUCGUUAUGUCUUGACAUGGUUCCAUUCGUCAUGAAAUUUGGGACUCUUGUGGAUGGCGAAUAUGUCGUUCCCGCCUAUUGGCAGUCUCUCUGGAACGCAAUCCCACAGCUAAUGACUGGUAUUGGAGCUUGGAUUUCUGGUCCGAUUGCCGAUCGAUUUGGUCGAAGAUGGACAAUGUUUCUUGCUGGUGUCGUUUCCGUAGUGGGCGUUGCCAUCAUUUAUACCUCCGAGACGAAUGGACAAUUCCUCGGCGGCAAGAUGGUCAACGCAAUUGGACUCGGAAUGGCACUGGCAUCCGGACAAACUUACAUAUCCGAAAUCACGCCCUUGAAGAUUCGUGGUAUUGCCCUGGCUUCAUACACCUUCUGUCUGGGUGUCGGUUAUCUCAUUGCUGCAUCAAUCUCAUUCACUCGCGUCACAAUUAUGGACGAAUCCGCCUACAAGGUCUUAUUCGCCGCAGAAUGGUGCUGGCCAUCUGCACUGAUGGCCGGAGCCUUCUUGAUUCCCGAAUCGUCCUACUUUCUCAUUCGAAAGAACCGCAUCGAACAGGCCAACAAAUCCCUGUCCCGACUACAUGGAAAUAAACAGAGCUCAAUUAAUUUUGCGUUGCGUCAGAUUCAGGAUGUCGUGGGACACGAGUCAGAGAUUGGUGACUCGAGUUUCCUGGAAUGUUUCCAAGGAACUAACUGGAGGCGCACGCGAGUUGUAUUGUACGGCAAUGGACUGGCGCAAAUGACCGGGGCAGUCUUCCUCAACAAUGCCCCCUAUUUUAUGGUUCUGGCAGGCCUCUCUUCGACCGACGUCGCCAUGAUCAUCGAGAUUGGUAUUGCCAUGUCCAUCUUCUCCAGCAUCCUCACCUUCUGGGCCAUGACCUUCAUGGGACGGAGAGCGCUGGUCCUUGGCGGCACGGCGUUUGCCGGCGUCAUGUUCUUCAUCAUGGGUAUCUGCGCUGCUGUGCCCAACCAGAAUGGCGCACUCAGGUGGGCUGUCGCAAUUACCCUGCAGUUGGUAUGGCUUAGCAUAGGCCCAGCGAAUGGGUCGGCGCUCGCUGUCGCUGCUGAGGUGUCCACCAUGAGGUUGCGGGCCAAGACGCUCGCCAUUGGGUUCUUCUUCAACUACUUCUACAGCACUGUUUGGAACAUAGUCGUGCCAUACAUGUUUAAUCCCGGCUACGGAAACCUUGGCGGCGAACUUGGCUGGGUCUUCUUUGGAACAUGUCUUUUGUCCUUUGUCAUUCUAUUUUUCGAGAUGCCCGACACCAUGGAUUUGACUGCUGCCCAAAUUGAUGAGAGAUUCGAGAACAGAGUCAAGACGAGAGCCUUCCGAGAUGAGAGUGCCGAGGAUAACCACGCAAGUCUCAAGUCGAUGGAGAUGGGAAAAGCUGAACAAUUUGAGACUCGAGCCACUUGA